GUCUGACUCCUCCCACAUAUGGUCACAUGGUUAUGACAUCACCAAAGGUCCUUUCGCCCCCUAGAAUUGCCAUCGUGUGCACGCUGGAGGAUGGCGGGUCUGGAGCUGCUGUCAGAUCAGGGAUACCGGGUGGACGGGAGGAAGGCCGGGGAGCUGCGGAAGAUCCAGGCCCGGAUGGGAGUGUUCGCUCAGGCUGACGGCUCUGCCUAUGUCGAGCAAGGGAACACCAAGGCGCUGGCUGUAGUGUACGGACCGCAUGAGAUCCGAGGGUCUCGUGCUAAAACCCUCCAUGACCGGGCGGUGGUGAACUGCCAGUACAGUAUGGCCACUUUCAGCACCGGGGAAAGGAAACGGCGACCGCACGGAGACCGCAAAUCCACCGAGAUGACCCUGCACCUGAAGCAGACGUUUGAGGCGGCCAUCCUCACCCAGCUGUACCCGCGCUGUCAGAUAGACAUCUACGUCCAGAUCCUGCAAGCAGAUGGCGGCAACUACUGCACGUGUGUGAACGCAGCCACCCUGGCGGUGAUCGAUGCCGGGAUCCCCAUGAGGGACUAUGUCUGCGCCAGCUCGGCCGGCUUCAUCGAGGACACGCCCCUGGCGGAUCUCAGCUACGUGGAGGAGUCGGCGGGGGGCCCCCAGUUGGCUUUGGCUCUGUUACCCAAGUCUGAGCAGAUCGCGUUACUGGAGAUGAACUCGCGGCUGCACGAGGAUCACUUGGAGCGCGUGAUCGAUGCCGCCAGCAAAGCUUGUAAGGACGUGUACGCCGUGCUGGACCAGGUGGUGCGCGACCACUUACAGGAGGUGGCGGCGCUGGUCGGAGAUCGGGGGUCAGUGUAGAGAAUGACUUUUCUGGAAGCAGAUGGUUGUAACCCACAGGAUGGAGAGGACAAUGGCGGCAGAGGGAGGUGCAAUAAUGGCCGCCAGGACCUCCGCAGAGAAGUGCGGACUCUUUAUAUUUUUAUAUGUUUUCUUUAAUAAACAUAAAAAAUAUCAAUAAAAUAAAUAUAAAAAUGGAA